AUGUACAUCCACCAGUACACCUUUACAUCCACCAGCAAAUCAGUACAUCCACCAGCACACCUGUACGUCCACCAGCACACCUGUACAUCCAACAUCACGCCUGAACAUCAACAAGCAUGCCUGUACAUCCACCAGCACACCUGUACAUCCACCAGCACACCUUUACAUUCAGCAGCAACUCAGUACAUCCACCAGCACACCUCAACAUCCACUAGCACAACUCAACAUCCACCAGCACGUCUCAACAUCCACCAACACACCUCAACAUCCACCAGCACACCUCUACAUCCACCAGCACCGCUCAUCACCCCAACGCCACCAUCACACCGCCUCAACAUCCACCAGCACGCCUCAACAUCCACCAGCACGCCUCAACAUCCACCAGCACGCCUCAACAUCCAACCGCUCGCCUCAACAUCCACCAUCGCACGCCCUAACCUUAACCAGCACGCCUCAACGUCCUCCAGAGCCCGCACCACCACCGACACCUCAACAUCCACUCAGCCCCACCACCAAGCCGUCAACAUCCACCCAUCACGCCUCAACAUCCACCAGCACGCCUCAACACCAUCCACCAGCACGCCUCAAACAUCCACCAGCUCGCCUCAACAUCCACCAGCACGCCUCAACAUCAACA